GUAGCCUUUAUAUAUAGGCUAAUUAUAUGAGAUAUGAAAAGGCAUAAAUACAACCCAAAUAUGAAAUCUUAGUCUGAACACUCUUUCACAACCCCUGAAGCAAUAACAGAUAGACAAUCGACUAUUCUUACCUCCUUCGUCAUAGUGGGGUUGGACUGUGUAAGAAAAAGGAGGGGCUGAUUUUAAUAUCAUCUCCACUUUUUUGCUCUUUGUCAGUUUAAGACGCUUUAAAUCGCAGCGUGCGUAUUAUGGUACGCAGUAAACGACUUUUUGGAUUGAAUCAAAAGCGCCGCAUUUAGCGAUAUUAUUGUGUCGGUAAAGCACAAUGUGACCUGUUUGCCGUUCCAUAGGUGAGACGGUCGAUUGGACGGUAGGUCUGUUUGUUGGUCAGUUUGUCUGCUGGGCUUUGGCACGGAUUUCCCACCGUACGUUGUUAUGGAGGAAUCCUCUCAGAUCUCUAACGCCACGUCGCGUUGAUAGCAGCCAGGCUCUGAGCAAAGCCCGAAGAUUCUGCUGUCAUUAAAGGUUUAGCUCGCCUUCUCAUUGAACUUGCAAAAACUGAUGAGCACGCUGAUCGGGUUGCGACUCUUUUUGAGGUGGAUGGCAUUAUUCGUGCUCUUCGGACUCUUCCUCAAUCUACAAACUUCUGCGUCUUGCAGUGGCUUGAGAUCGAGUCGAGAGGACGACGAGCGCUUUCGAGUUGAACAAGCUGCAGAUUUCAGACCCAAGAAACCUCCACAUAUCAUCUUCAUACUGACAGAUGACCAGGGUUUCAAUGACAUCGGUUAUCACAGUCGGGAGAUCCGCAGCCCAACGCUGGAUAAGCUGGCUUCAGAAGGAGUGCGGUUGGAGAAUUAUUAUGUCCAGCCGCUGUGCACCCCGUCCCGCAGCCAGCUCAUCACAGGCAGAUAUCAAAUUCACACUGGCCUCCAGCAUUCCAUCAUCAGACCCCGUCAACCCAACUGCCUCCCUAUGGAUGCGGUCACUCUCCCUCAACGCUUACAGGAAGCUGGCUACUCCACUCACAUGGUGGGGAAGUGGCAUUUGGGCUUCUAUCGGAAAGACUGUUUGCCCACACGUCGUGGAUUUCACACCUACUUCGGUUCAUUGACUGGCAGCGUGGACUAUUAUACAUAUGGCUCAUGUGACGGCAAGUCAUUGUGUGGCUUUGACCUCCACGAAGGUGAGUCAGUGGCAUGGGGGAGAGGGGGGAAGUACUUAACUCACCUCUACACCCAGAGAGUGCGCAAAAUCUUAGCAACGCACGACUCAAGCAGUCAGCCUCUUUUUAUCCUCCUUUCCCUUCAGGCAGUGCAUACACCUCUAAAGCCACCCAAAGAAUACAUCUAUCCAUACCGCCGCAUGGGCAACGUUCCCCGCAGGAAAUACGCAGCCAUGGUUUCAAUUGUUGACGAGGCAGUCCGGAACAUAACUUACGCACUGCGCAAGUAUGGCUUCUACCGCAAUAGCGUUGUCAUCUUCUCCACAGACAAUGGAGCCCAGCCACUCACGGGGGGCAGUAACUGGCCCCUACGAGGGUGCAAGGGAACGUAUUGGGAAGGUGGUAUUAGAGCAGUGGGUUUCGUGCACAGUCCCUUGAUACGCCAUCGAAGAAGGGUCAGCAGAGCCCUUAUACACAUUACAGACUGGUAUCCAACCCUUGUUGGACUUGCUGGGGGGAAUGUGUCACAGCAUCAGGGAUUAGAUGGGUUUGAUAUUUGGCCUACCAUUAGUGAAGGGAAAGAAUCCCCACGAAUGGAAAUUCUUCACAACAUAGACCCUCUAAACCGGCGCAGUCAGAGCUCAGUCAAGGAGAGCCAUGGACUGUGGGACACAGCCGUGCAAGCGGCCAUUAGAGUGGGUGACUGGAAGCUGUUGACAGGUGACCCUGGCCAUGGGGAUUGGGUGCCGCCCCAGGUUCUUACGCACUUCCACAGCAGCUGGUGGCACCUGGAGCGAAAUACUGGAGAAAAAAGGAAAUCAGUUUGGCUCUUCAACAUUACAGGUGACCCUUGUGAACGCCACGACCUUGCAGUGCAAAGGCCUGACGUUGUCAAGGAGCUACUCACACGGCUAGCAUUAUACAAUCGCACAGCAAUACCUGUUCGCUACCCACCAGACGAUUCCCGUGCUAACCCUAAUUUGAAUGGAGGUGCAUGGAGACCUUGGGUAGGUGAAGAUGAAGAGGAGGAAAACUGGGAUGGAAUUUAUUAUAAGAGAGGAAAGAAUCGCAAAAGGAAAUGUAGGCUCUGCAAGUUACAAUCUUUCUUCAAGAAGUUUAAUUUAAUGUUUCUGUCAAAACAGAUAUAAGAUUCUUCUGUUAUUUAACAUCACUUACAAUAAUUUAACCUUACUUAAAGGAUUAGUUCACUUUCAAAUUAAAAUUUCCUGAUAAUUUACUCACCCCCAUGUCAUCCAAGAUGUUCAUGUCUUUCUUUCUUCAGUCGAAAAGAAAUUAAGGUUUUUGAUGAAAACA